AUGAAUAGUAUGUUCUCUGAUAUCAGCCAGAGUGAACAUUACAAAUCCCAUACUCCUCAAUUACCAGAUUUAGAACAUUCUUACAUGUGUACUGAAUCCAAUGUAUCUGGUGAAACUCAUCCCUUAGAAGGUGGUGGUUAUUUCAGUGCUAGUGAGCCCGAACAGAACAAAUCCAAAAGUCCUCAAGAUACUUGGUAUCAUACAGAAUGUCCAGACAAAGCCAUGGGGAUCUUUUCUGAAGGAAUGAAUCCCAAAGCAGUGGAUAGAGGACGUCCAAUGACCAGACAAACUAGAGCCCGUCCUCAGCUUUCCUUGUUCCCAGAGAGAGUAUAUUCAGGUCGUAACCCUGUGUCCCAGGAGGUUCAGUUAUUGAACAACUCUCUUCUGGAUGACCCAUUUGUUGUUGAUGCAGAUGUUGACAGCUGUGACAGCUCUGACUAUGCAACAGCUGGUGAAUUAUUAGAGCCUGGCAAGUGUAAAAUGAAAUCCAAUUCUCUUCAUUUCCCCAGGAAAGUGAAGCAAUUUUCUGCUUUGCCUAGAUUGCCAAGUUCAGACUCUUCUGAUGAAGAGUUACUGACAAGAUAUGCCAAUAAUCCUGCCAAAACCAAAUUGAGUCAGAGAGAAGUAUAUCCUUGUAUCUCAGAGGCUGUAAUUACUAAGUUAGUUCAGCAACAAAUGAUGAUACUUGGUCAAAAUCUGACAAAGGUUAUAAAAAAGACCCUGAAAAAGAAUUCCAAUUCCAAGCCAAAGUCAAAGCGAUAUGUCUCAUAUUGCCAAAUAUGUGAAACAAGAAGACACUCCAUCUUUGACUGUGACCAACGACACUCUAUGGUUACUGGUGUCAGAGCUUGUUUUAAAUGUGGAAAUGACCAUCGUAUAACUGAUUGUCCUUCUCUAAAAGUAGGACCAGAUCAGGUUGAACACUAAAUCAUUAUAGUGUUAGUGUGUGUCUAGAAUCAGGCCAGAAAGAUGCACCUCAUUUACCAUAAAGAAUGGCCUUUAGAACCAUGCUGCCU